AAAUAAUAAUAUAAAAAGUACAAAUAGGAAUGCCAGGGCUCUGAAACCCUGCUGACAGUUAUGAAAAUCACCCCCAUUUUCUCUUCUACUUUAAAAACAUCUAUCUGUUCAUCUUCAAGUGCACAGCAACCAAGACUUUUUUUCUAACAUUAUAUAAGUUUUAAGUUUCUAUAUUUCCACUUCUCUCCCUGCGCUCACUCAAAAAAAACAAACAAACAAACCAUCUGAAUAUUUACCACCAGAGAAGCCUCACUUUGAGUGUGUUUGUGUGGGAGCUACAUCUGGAGCCUGUCUUGCAGUUCAAAACAGUCACGCUCUCCUGAGACAUCCAGGCUUACAUGGCCUAUUAAAGUCAUUCCUGAUAAACUUGCGUUGUAAUAAAACUGGUUUCCAAGAAAGUAAAACAACUGUGGAGAUUGUUUACAUUCGACGGACCUUAUCAUAGGAGUUUAAUCCUGUGGGAAAAUAAGCUUUGGCAAUUUAAAAAAGUAUAACACACCGGACUGCACUGUAGCCUUAAUUAUUUGCAUUAUUGAUCAUUUAUUAGGUUUAACAGAUCUCAUGUUAGUGCAAGGAAGCCCUGAUAUUGAACUAUCGAUGGAGACAUUUAUAUUGAGUUAUUGAUUGAUGCUUUUACUUUGAAUUACACUGUAAAAUGAGAGAAAUUGACUUUAACCCUGUAAAGCCUGAACCAUGAAAAAAUUACCAGGAAAUUCAAGUUUGUUGUUUUUGCUUUCUUUUUUUAUAAAUUGAGUAUUUAAAAAAAUAAUUAUAAAAAGAAAUUAAACUAAAAUUUUUAUAUAGAUUUUAGUUUGUAUCAUAUUUUUACAUCCAGUAUUUUUUUUGGCAAUUUAUUAUCCAAAAAAUUAUAGUGCAAUUAAUUUGGGUUUUUGGAGGGAAUAAAAAUCAAACAUGAUGUAGUUUUUGAGACUUCCAUCAGAAAAGACACAAUUUGGUGUUACAGGGUUUAAAGUAUUGUGACAUAGUAUACAAAAAACAGUCCAGAAUGUCCCAAAAGGUUGAUUCUGUUCAUCUGGACAUAGUGUUUUCAGCGGUGAGCUCCUCACUGCCCCAUUGUUCAUUCAGUGGGCUAGUUUCAGUCAUUGUGCAAAUGUAUUGUUUAUAGGGUUAGGAAAACCUGCAGUCAGCUGAGACUGAAGAAGUCACUUGGAUGAAUUGUUUCUCCCACUGAAAACACUUGGUCCAAAUGAACAGAACCAACCUUUUGGGAUUUACUUACCUGGAUGAUUAAGCAUGAAUUAUUGGGGUUUAAUAAGAAUGCAAAUAGUCAGUUGCAGCAUAUUCUUAAAGUAUGAAAUUAAAAACUCAACUACGUUUACUAGAAACUGUCGAUGGACACACCCAUGUUGUCCUGCGCUGUAGGAGGAAGAGUUUCCAACAGCACUGAAGGAGCAGGUUUCACUGGCUGACUGGCCAGGUCGCACCUUCUACUACUGUGUGGCUCACUGAGCCAGGGUUUUCCCAUCAUAGCCUUGGAGGUUUGGUGGAUGAUUACUUGGGGCAAAAGGUUGUGUUUUGUGUGCAGCGCAGGCAUCAAAAGCUGAAACUGAAAGGUUUUUUUUGUUGUUUUUAAACAUAUUUGUGAGUAAUGCCACACAGUAAAUUACAAUAACAAACACUUGAAGUAUUUGGAAAGUCUGGUUGUUCUUGAUUCCAUCAUUGCUUGGAUGUUUUCAUGUUUUGUUUUUGUCGGGAUUCUCGGCUUACGUCUUUGGCCAGCUUUCACCACAGGAAGUAAAGUCUGAAAAGAGCUCAGUUACACUAACAUGUUUAGUGCAGUGAUCUAACAGGAUGGAUCGCAGUAACUUAAAAAUAAUGCAGAAUUCUUGUGGCCCUUAAUACACUAUAAAUGCCUUUUUACUAAAGCACACUGUUAAAGAACACUUUUUUGCAAGUUUGAAAAAUCUGUACUUUGAGGAUCCUGACUGAAAUAUCAGAUUUUCAAAACUGAUUCUGAUAUUUUAAAAUAUCAGAAUUUCAAUCCCAGAAACAAAUAGAUUUCCCCAACAUUUGUCAUGUCAAGUUAUUUAUUUACUUGUCUAGCCUCAGACCCUACUCAGCUGGCAUGUUGCCAACUGUGAAGUUGCAGAGUGCCCCCUGGUGGAUAAGCUAUGCAUCGUCAACGCUCGUAAUAUUGUUGAAGGGUGUUUUUUCAGUCUCUUCUUUUAUUUCUUAAUUUUCAUUUAUUGGCUGUUUAUAAAUGCCAAUACCAGUGGAUCAGCAAAUGGCUAAUAUCCUCACUGAUAUGGGUCAUGCGGUGCUACUUUGCAUGCACAGAGCUAGAGCUGUCACUACAAAGUUAGUCUUCCCAGGAAUACUAUAUUCCAGAGUAAACAAAUUAUGCAAACACUCUCACACUGUGCUGCUUUUGGUUCUAAUUUCCAGUCAAAAAAAAAAAAAAGAUUAUUUUCUUUUUUUUUAAUUUUUUGUAGUAGUACACACUAGUCUGUUAUUAGUCACUUGUGUUGCAUUGCUCUUCCUCAUAUACUGCACAGUUACAGGAACAGGUUUUAUUUAUGUUUGAGCAACAACCAUGAACGUAAAUGCUACAGGCGCUUUGGUUAUGAUGACCUGUUAAUAUCUAAACUCAUUCAGUCCAUGGUCACACACAUCCUGGAAAUCACAUCCUUAAGAGUCAGAGUCCAGAGUUUACAUACCUGAAAAAGUGAUAACGAAUCUGCUGAGUUUGAAGUUGAGCACAGUUGAUCAAAGUUAGAGGCCAGCAAUUCCUACUUGGACACAUCAAGUAGAAAAAGCACAAGUAGAAAUUCACUGAUUACAAGCAAAAUUUCAAAAACGAGUCCUAACGAUGUUAAAUGCUCCGAUUUAAGUGAAUGAGUAAUUAAGUGCCGAAAAUUAAAGCGAUUGUAUGAAAAUGUUAAAUUAGGCAGCUGCUUCGUGCUACCUGAAUUUAAAUGUGAGACACUAAAUUUGCAAGAUUUUUCUCACACUGUUUCUCUGUUGUCUUGCAUGCUGUGUAAGAGCAGCAGCUACAUUUACAAUUCUUCCCGUCAGACAGGCGUGUAAGGUGUACUGGCAGGCUCGAACCAGCAGUGUAUGCAUUUGGAUACAUUAUUAAAUAGGAGCACCCCACAGCGGAGCAAGUUUGCUUCACCUCAUUCAGAAACUGAGCUCAGUUUAGAUAGAUUUGAUAGAAAAAUUCCUUCACUUUAACAAAAUCAAAUUGGCUCGCAGGCAGCCAACUCUAUUUGAUAUUCACUGGAUCAGUGUUUCACUACAAGCUGCACACAAAUGUACCGACACCAACCUACAGCUGGAGUCUGCGUUUUGUCUGCCAAGUAUGUUUUCAUACCAGAGAGCUGACUCGGUAUGUUCCUUUCAGAUAUAUGUCCCAAGUGCACGCACAUGAUAAGAAACGUAUCAGCUGGCACUCAGGCAGGCAGCAAGAAUUUUGAAUAAACAUUAUGUUGAGGUCAUGGGAUUCUGUAUAGUUGCUGCGUAGUUAGUUAAUGUUUGUUGUCAAGGCUUUGAGGAAACGUGUGUUUUGCAAAAAAAUUUCAAGCUCAGCUAGACAAACUGUCAUAGAGCCUGAAUGACACUUGCGCUACGGUAACUGACAGGCCAUCUGUCAUUUAAUAUCUCUGAAGUGCUGACUGACUCGCUUUAUAUUUCUGCUCGGUCCUGUGUCAGACUUCAUUUAUUAGACAGCAGGUUAAAUGCUUGAAUUGUGGGAAGCUGACAUUUUUGGCACGUUUUUAGAUAAGAAUAAAAAUCACAAUGCCUGCACUGUACAGAAGAACUGACACUGUACUAUAAGACAAAUACGGUGAGUACUACAAAUGCAAAAAUUAAAAUGUUAAAGUGGUCAGUCAUUAAGGAGCUAGGCUACCAACAGCAGCCACAGUUUCUGUGCUGAUAACAUCCUUUUUUUUUUUUUUUUUUUUUUUUUUUUUUUGUGGCCAUGCUUAUGUUUGUGUUGAAUGAGUAAAUCAGCAGCACUGCGCCUCUAAUGGCCAGUGGCGAUUCCACACCUUCCCCUCAGGCCCUGGGCUCGGGGCCAACCUUGGAAAGGCAGUGCUAAUGACUGUCGCACAAAGGCCAAAUGUCUCACAGCGAGGCAGGGAGAGACUGGCAAGAUUCUCCUCGUUUGAUCUCUCAUUAGAGUUCAGUAUGUAUAAUGAAUCCAAGUAGCCAGAGCCAUAGGUGGCCUUAGACACAGUUAUCAGUGAUUUUGUAGCAUUUCUUAAAGCCUUUCUGACAUCUCUUGUAUCCAGGGUGCUGUAGAUACUGAUCAUCUUGACUAUGUUUGCUGUUUGUAGGUACUCUUAUCUAAACCCUGAAGACUUCCUUGUAGACACCUGAGUUGUGGAAGUUAAUUUACUCUUUUUAUGCAAUAUUACAGACUUGCUCAUUUUCCACUAAGACAUUUUAGACUUGUACUCUUUAUAACAGUCUGCUGAAACUGUGAUUGUCUGACACCCAGUGAAGCGUUGAGAAAUCACCGCAGGGUCAUAGAUGUUUUUACUUAAGUGAAAUUCCAGUUUCAGAGAAACUACUUUAUGGGCAGCAGGCUUCAUUGAGGGCCUCAUUGCAGAAAGAUAGGCUUUCUAGAGGUGAGGGUGCUCUUCUAUUCUCUUCCUCUUCAGUGUAAGCUACUGGCUGACUGCCCAGGUCUGCGACACAGAGGAGCUGAAGUGGGCACUUUUAGACCAGCUCCAGUGAGCACAGGGCCAAGGACAAAAGCCACUCUCACUCUCCAGGCUCCAUGGCAGCAGCGGUGCAAGGCAGUGAGUGGUCAUGUGGGCGCUGUACUUUCUUAAAUGCCGGUGCAGCACCUCGCUGUUCUAUCUGUGAGGCGCCACGCCAGAAACCUGACCUCAACCAGAUCCUGCGCCUCAGCAGCACUGAGGAACACCGCUGGACCUGUCCCCGCUGUACCCUCAAUAACCCGCAGGGAUCUGGAGCCUGCUCGGUCUGUGGCUUUGGUCCAUCACCCGCCACUCACACACCUCCUACGACCACCAUAGCUGCCACUGCCAAUGGUCUCCCUUCUGCUCCCACUGAGCCCCCAACACCCGCGAUCACCCCCACAGUGCUACUUGAGCCCCAUGGACAGCAUCCAGCUAAGGAGGAAGUGUUUCGGCGGUCUGAGAGCAAUGGAGAGGUGGGUGGUCAGGAGGGUCAGCAGGCGGGCUGGGCUUGUCCUCGGUGCACACUUCACAACACCCCUGUGGCGCUUUCAUGCUCAGCCUGUGGUGGGCCUAGAAAACUGUCUCUGCCUAAAAUCCCCCCAGAAGCGCUGGUAGUGCCUGAGGUACGCACGCCAGUAUUGGGCUUUCCUGUUCACACAGCCGCUUCGGCCCCGCUACUGAUUGACCUAACAGAUGACUCCCCCCCAGCCCCGCCCUGUGAUCCUCAAGAAGCUCCCCAUGCGUCUUCACAGGCCCUCGCCUCCACCUUUACUUCAUUCUCCUCCCUCCAGAACAAUCCUGUGCCUCGCAGCAGGCGAGAGGUACCGCCUCCGGGACGCCCACCGAACCCAGGAACCAACACUCCCAGCCCCACUUCCCCUUCAGCUGCCAGUGUGCCACCCCAACCUGGCCCACAGAGGCCAGCUAAGCCCAAGCACGCCCAGCCCCAGGAACCUUCUUACCCCAGCAAGCGCCUCAGUAUCUUGGAGGAAGAAGAGUCUCAGCACCACCCACUGACGCCCCACCUACCUGUUGCUUCCACAUCAGCCUCUACCUGGAAGUGCCCUAGCUGCUCCGUGGCCAACCAAGGCAGCUCGGCUAAGUGCGAGACCUGCAGAUCGUCAAGGGGUGGUGCUGACCUCAUCGACCUAGUAGGCUGUGAAACGGUACGAUUUACCCCAGCAAGCCCCUCGAGCCCGGACUUUAGCACAUGGGCCUGCUCUAAGUGCACGCUGCGCAACCCUACAGGUGCUCCCAAGUGCUCAGCUUGUGGUUCUUCAAAGCUGCAUGGCUUCCAGGAGCAGCAGGUGCCUCUACCCCGCUGCUGUACACAUUGUGGCCUCCCAGUGGGACCUGGUACUGCAUCUUGCUCCUGCACACCUUCCUCUUCUUCAUCAUCCUCAGGUCAUAAAAUACGUAAACAGGCCCGGGGCUUUCCUUCAUCCUCUUCUGCCGUUGCCUCCUCUGGUUCUUCUUCGUCCUCCACCUCAUCUAGCCUCCAGGAGAAGGUAGGACAGUGGAGCUGUCCAGCAUGCACGCUGCUCAAUGAUAUCAAAGCCAAGAACUGUGCAGCAUGCCACACACCCCAGCAGUACCUCACCCUUCGCAAGGUGGUUAAACCUCUGAAGAGAAGGGAGAGCAUGCAUGUAGAGGCGCGACGACGGAAUGAUGAGGGGGAGGCAAAGGAGCUUUGGGAGAACAUAGUCAGCUUCUGCCGGGAGAAUUCAGUGAACUUUGUGGAUGACAGUUUUCCCCCCGGACCUCGAUCUGUCGGCUUCCCAGAGGGCGACAGCGUCCAGCAGCGAAUCAAAAAGUGGCUGCGUCCCCACGAGAUCAACUGCAGCAAUUUCAAAGACCGAGGAGUCAAGUGGUCCGUGUUCCGCACACCAAGGCCCUCAGACAUCCUGCAAGGACUUCUUGGAAACUGCUGGUUCCUGAGUGCACUCGCUGUGCUGGCAGAGCGUCCAGAGCUCGUGGAGAGGGUGAUGAUCACCAGGACCAUUUGUCCAGAGGGGGCUUACCAGGUUCGGCUAUGUAAAGACGGGACCUGGACGACGGUGCUGGUGGACGACAUGUUGCCCUGCGACGAUUACGGCUACCUUCUGUUUUCCCAGGCUCAGAGGAAGCAGUUAUGGGUGGCGUUGAUUGAGAAGGCCCUGGCCAAACUCCACGGUUCCUACUUUGCCCUGCAGGCAGGGCGUGCUAUUGAGGGUCUGGCCACGCUGACAGGGGCUCCGUGUGACUCCCUCAUGCUUCAGGUCAGCUCCACGAACCCGCGAGAGGAACCCAUCGAUACAGACCUCAUUUGGGCCAAGAUGCUUAGCUCCAAAGAGGCUGGGUUUCUUAUGGGAGCGUCUUGCGGAGGAGGCAACAUGAAGGUAGACGAUGCUGUUUAUGAGUCGUUGGGUCUGAGACCUCGACAUGCAUAUUCCAUUUUGGACGUACGAGAUGUCCAGGGUUACAGGUUGCUGCGGCUGCGUAACCCUUGGGGUCGCUUCUCGUGGAAUGGCAGCUGGUCAGACGAGUGGGCAGACUGGCCUCAGCACCUCCGCCAUGAGCUGAUGGCGCACGGCAGUAGUGAAGGGGUCUUCUGGAUGGAGUACACUGACUUUAUAAAGUACUUUGACUCAGUGGACAUUUGUAAGAUCCACUCUGACUGGCAGGAGGUGAGACUACAAGGCUGCUUCCCCAGCAAAGCCAAUGGGCCAGUCACGGUCACAGCUCUCACUGUGCUGGAGAGGACGGCACUGGAGUUUGCUCUUUUCCAAGAGGGAAGCAGGCGCUCCGACACAGCCGACAGCCACCUGCUGGACCUGUGCAUCAUGGUCUUCCGUGCCUCCUUUGGUAGUGGCAACAAGCUGACUCUGGGCCGCCUAAUGGCCCACAGCAAGCGAGCAGUGAAGAAAUUUGUUGGCUGUGAUGUUAUGCUGGAGCCAGGGGAGUAUGCUGUUGUCUGCUGCGCCUUCAAUCACUGGCAGAUGAAUGUCAGCAGCACAGGGGGUCCACCCACACCCAUCUCUAGCCCCACCAGUGGAGCAGUACGGCGGCCCAGCCAGGACUUCCCCGGCUACAUCCUGGCCAUUUACAGCUCUCGUCAGGUGAUGGUGGAGCAGGUGGAAGCAACCGCGACCACAUUGGCCGACGCGAUUAUUCUACUCACAGAAAACAAAGGCGAAAGACACGAGGGCCGUGAGGGCAUGACAUGCUACUACCUGACCCACGGCUGGGCAGGUCUCAUCGUGGUGGUGGAAAACCGCCACCCCAAGUACUACCUCCACGUCUCCUGUGACUGCACUGACAGCUUCAACGUGGUGUCCACACGCGGCAGCCUCAAGACCAUCGACAGCGUCCCGCCUUUACACAGGCAGGUGCUGGUGGUGCUUUCUCAGCUGGAGGGAAAUGCCGGCUUCUCCAUCACCCACCGCCUGGCUCACCGCAAGGCAGCCCAGGCCUCCCUGGGAGACUGGACCCCCACCAAGGCCACACACAGCCCCCAGCUCACCCCGGACAUUGACGGCCUGCACCGACCCCGGCCUCUAUGACCACCGCCCACUUUAUCCCAGACUCACUUGCUCUAGUCCAAUAAACUGUCAGACCACUGGAAAAAUCAGACAAGGUUAGGCACAGUGUGUGGAUCCCUAAAAUGCAGAGAAAGAUGCGUUUUUUUGCAUCUCUUUGGUGGUGCAUCUGAAUGUGAAGCAUGACGGGAGAGGGAAACGUUUAGUUGCUCUCUUCCUAACGCUCCAUGGAUGCUCGAGAUUUUGUCCGGACUGCACAUGCUCUGUCUGUCCCUUGCCAACUGGAUGUGCCAUUUGAGGAUAAAAUGAGCGACAGGGGAGUACUAAAAAAACCAAACAAACAAAAAAACCCACAAUAUUUCACCCCGGCACCUGAGAGGAUCCAGUUCUGACUACUUAACAUUCUGGACAUUUUGUAUAGCUGGCAGCACCUGCUGUAUGUGAAACAGAUGUCAGGCCUCAGUUUGGUAUGCUUGGAGAUGACCCUGCUUUCAAUGAGCUUCAAAAAAAAAAAAAAAAGCCGGGGUGAGGUGCUGAAACUACUGAGCCAUUGACCCGGCCCACGGACCAUGAGCCAACCACCAGAUCAGACACUUCCCCCUCCCCCCGUGUCAUCCACCAAGACUGCUAACAAAGUGGGCAGACUUCUGGGGGGGGGUUUAUCGCCCCUAUCCUCAGUGCGGUACUUUAUGAGCCAAACCCCAGUGAUUUUACCCAUGAAACAUACAUGUCCUGUAUUUUUACAUUUUUGGAAAACAUCUCAGUGUGAGUUUAACUUGUUUUAUACACAACCCUCAUUGCCUCUUGUCCAUAUUUGUGUUAGGGUUUUUUUGAGGUUGUAGACAAAGCCAUCAUUCAUACGGUACUGUUCCCUCUCCGUGGCACAAUCUCUAGCUCAGGACCAAACCUGUGAUUUGUACAGUAAGCUGGAUUGGCAGGUGGAUGGUGCCCAAGAAGCUGCAAUAGCAUCUUUUCACUGUUGUCUCCACUGUUUGUGAUGUUAGUGGGGUCAUGUUUGUAGAGACUGUAAGGUUUUUAUCUUGUGAAAUACUGAGCCGUGAUGGAAUCACCUGGCCUCAGUUUAGGGUCUCAUCGCUGGAGGGCUUCUCGUCCACUUCAGAAGACAGUUUAUAUCUUUCCCCAUGAAUUAAAAUUUAUGUGUAUGGCACCUCCUCCCAGUCAUCGCCCUCCUGCAUAUUACAUGAGUCUUACACUUGAGGUUUAUAACACCCAGCAAAUUGCAUCUGAUCUUGUUUGGUACAGAAGGUGAGUUUAGUGUCUGUUUCCCACGCUUGCACAGUUUGCCAGCAUGUCAGUUUAUACUAUAACGUGCUUAGGGAGUACUGGAGUCGCUAUUGGCUGUUUGAACAGCCAGUUUGCCAUGGGGGAGCUCUUAAGAGGAGCUGCCGAGUUUACUUUGGGAGGGCAGGGACCACUUUUGUUUGCUUGGGUGCAGCGCGAGCGUCUGGGCAAUCCUCCCACAAGAAUACACUGACAGCUUGUUAGCAACAACACAGAGUCCUCGUGAAAUAACAAAUGAUCAUUUUGUCAGACUCGGUGCACACACAGCGAGACAGGAAAGAGACCCCCGAGAUGGGUUGUGACACAGAAAAUAGUUCUCUCUGAGUGUGCUCGUUCAAGGGAUAGCUGUUUUACGUAGGUCCUUAUAUAUAGGGUCACGGUUUUUUGUUUUUUUUCCCAGUGUCAAAGCCAUUACUCCUCAUUCAUCAUGCCCUCACCAUGGCAACAUAGAUGUCUCAUCAGACAGAGGGGAACAAUUAACAUGGUACUAUAGAGACAGGAUUGAGUGGGAGACUUUUUAUUUUAAAAACGAUGUCUUACUGUUAAUUUUGUGGUGAAAUGGAGAAAAACUUGAAACCUAAUAAGCAAAAAUCCAGCAGCAUUCAUACAGUUAAUGAUUAAAAGGGGGAAAAUUUGAUUUAUUUAUUUUUUUGUUGUUGUUUUUUGUAUCUAAAUCAUUUUAAAUGUAAAGAAAUUACAAUUUUAUCAUGGGUAAUUUUCACUUCAUAUCAUCUCAUUUUUCUCCUUUUACUUUAAAAAUCAUUGAUGCUAAAUGGCUGCACUGUGUCCCGAUGCUUGCAGUGCAACGUUUGUUUUUAACGAAACCCAGAGCUCAAGUAACUGUAAAUAUGCUUUCCAAAGAAACAUCAAUGUGUAAUGACCACUUUCAGAUGUGCGUCCCCGUCUGGCCCUGUGUGCAUGUGUGAGAAUGUGCGGUCGCAGCCACGUAGCUGCUUCAGUCCCUGUGUCUUAAUUUAUUCAUACAAGUGAUUUGCAGCCUUGUUUUUCUGAAGCUGAUGAAUGACAGAUAAAGGAAUGUAAUGAGGCUUUUACAGCUUCACUCUGAGCUCAGAUGGAUUGACGUGAACCUGCACUGAAACGACUGCGAAGGCACCUCAAAAUCAAGCGUCUCUGCUGGAUCACUUUUACUUUUUACAGGAGUUUUAAGUUUUGUUUGCUGGUCUUCUGUUUGGUCCUGUCCGUAGCUCUUCUGUGCUUUAGGAGCGCCCCCUGCUGCUGAAUAGAAAACAACCAGAGAAGAGGUGGUCACUGACCGACCCAUCCAACCCCCCCUUUUUUUCCUUUCCUCCUUUUUCUUUUUUUGACCCUCAUUGUAAAUUGUACAAUUUAGACAGAAAACUGAAAACUUAAGUCAGACUAAAGAUUUAAAAGCAAAAAAUGACCAUUUGAAAAAAGAAAUUAAAAUAUGAUAGUAGAUACAAAAAAGUAACCUAAUGCUGAAAAUAAUGAACUCUAAAGAAUGUGAUAUAUAUAUAUAUAUAAAUAUAUAUAUAUAGACAUAUAAAUAUAUUUUAUUGAUCCUCUUUUUUUGGGAGCGGGGACGUGGUAUAUGUGUAUAAAAAUAUGUAUGUUUAAUUUUCAAUCUCAGGUUCCAAUGGACCAAAUAAAAAAAUUUUUUUAAAAAUGAAAA